AGUGCACAAAAUACAACAAUAGGGACAUAAGUGAAGUAAAAUGGCUGCAAUUGGGAAUCGAAACUAAAUUGCAGGCUCGUUUGCCCGGAAAUCACGUUGACCAUUCCUAAGAUGGCGGCAAUUUGAACGUGUUUUUCUCAAGAUAAGAAAAUGUCAUGUCACAAAUCAAAAACAUUGAUGGCAAGUUCUGAUGAGGACAUUGAUAUUGAAGAUGAUUCAUCUCCUAAAGAAUCUGACUCAAAAAAAAUUAGUAUGCUGCAAAAAGGUUGCCAUAGUGCAAAAGACUGGCAACGAUGUGGGGAUGAUUUUGCUCACUUGACUACUUUUAAACACAAAAGAAAAAAGAAAAGAGCACAGAAUGUUUCUUUGGUUUCUGAACAUAAAGAUUUCGAAGAAAGUAUAGAAUUAAGUCAAGAGGAUAUAAUAUGGAGUUCCAGUGAUGAAGAAUCAAAUUGUGAAUUAAUACCUUCAUCCAAACGUUUCACAAAAACAGAAGAAAAACUGCCAAAAUUGACUGCUGAAACAUCAUCUAACUUCUGCUGGCCCACUAAUAUUAAUGAUCACGCCAAUGUCAAACAUGAGAAAAUCAGAAAAAAUGUACAGAGGAACCUGAUUUCUAAUUUUGGUCUAAAGAAAGAAGAUUAUGAAAGUAGUAAAUUGCCCACUAAUGAAAUCUCAGUUACCAGUUUAGUAGACCAACAAAAGAAACAGAAAGAAGAAAGCCAUAUUAAAACUGUGUCAACAACUAAUACAAGCAAUUUGCAAUGCCAAAGUGGUGUCACUAUUGAAGAUUUUCCUUCAGAUGAAGAAAUCAGUUCCAUUGAAGAAUUAUCACCACCUCCUUCUAAAAAGAAAAAUACAACUAAUUCUGAUAUCUCUCCUGAAAUUGGAAUAUCUUCUUGGAGCUCAUCUACUCAAAAUUCCCAGGCUGAGAUACGCAAAAAGGCUAGUAAUUGGGUUGAAAUUAUAGAAGUAUCUACUCCUACGAAAAAUCAAGGAGAGGUUUCUGAACGCCCUAAGAUUCAACCAGAAAUAUCAGAGCAUGAUUCAGCAAAAAAGAAGCGUAAAUAUGUCAGUAAUGGUCUUGCAGCUAAAUUGUUACGUUUCCAAGCUCGAUCAAGAGUAGAUUCUAAUAUUAGGUACUACCAACAGAACAGCAAAUGGAGUGGUUGUUCUGAAAUGCUAACAGUAUCUAUAGAGAAAAUAACUCACCAGUAUGGUAUAGUUAAUGCCAUGUGUGUUCCAGGAACCUACUCUGAGAAAAAAGAGUGGAUACCAAACUCAAAUAACAGCCAUUGCACAGUAUUGUUUAGCUAUACUAAAGCAAAUGAUUUGAAACUCUCUGUUGGAUCGCUUGUCCAAAUAUAUCCACCUUGGCAGGAACUAAGUUUAAGAGCUGACUGUGGAAAAGUUUUGUUGUGUACUAACCACUGCCACAAACUUGAGGUACCAAUUGAAAGAACCAGCAUAGUUCAAACUGAUCCAAUCCAUGCUGACCAACAACAAGUUCACUGGGCUUUGACUUGGAAUUGCCCUUGUUCUUCAUCUGGUUCUUUGAAACAAUGUCCAGCAAAUGCAUGUCCCAGCCUAACUAAGUGUCCUACACUUUUUGCAUCUAAUUCUCAACCUCUGUCUACCAAAGAGAUACCUACUUCAGAGUCGACUUUAACUACAGUCACAAUACCUUCUAAGAGAAUACAUAUUGAUAGUAACAAUACAAUUUUGGAUAGCAUUCAGGGAAACCCAAAUCUUCCUCAAUAUGGCAUGUGUUUUCAGGCAACUAUAUUACGUGUGUUUUUGUUCAAAAACUAUGAAGAAUCCCUAGAUGAUGAUAGCCAACAAGAAAUUUUAACAUGUUGGUCUGUCUUAGUUGAAGAUACCCAAGGCACUGUAUCUUUGGUUCACCUACCAAGUAAGAAUAGUUUUGAUAAAGAAAAUCAAAUUGUCCCAGAUUACUAUGCUGUCAACUGUAUAUGGAAUUUUUAUGGUAUGCGUGUGCUUAGCCGUGCUAACCGACACAGAGAUCCAGAUCUUUUUUCAAUUAUUGAUACAACAUGGGUUUGUCCACAGAUUCCUACUGAAGCAGAAAAUGAAAUUGUAGUUUGUACAGUAAACCAGGAAACUCAAGUUACAUCUGUUGCUAAAAACACUCCAGGAUUUUGCUAUGAAAUUGGCCCACAGGAUACUUCAUUUACAAAGUCUGGCUACUUAUCUGCUCCAGUCACAGUACCCUGGACCAUGCCAAAACUUGAUUUAGUUACACUGAAAGAUUUUCAACAAAAGGUUAAUGAAUAUGUUGGUCAAAGAGUGACUUUUAUAGGAAAAUUGGUUUAUAAUUGGUCAAAGUGUGAGGCCGAUCAGAAUAGUUGUUCCAUUGAUAGCAGUGGAAUACUGUAUGUUACUGAUUCAAGUAUAAGCAGUGGUGUGCCAGGUUUCAACUAUAUUGCUAUUCAUUAUCGGAAGUCUUUCAUAUUACCUAGUCAGCUAUCUACUGUGGUACUUAUCAAGGAUGUACUAAUUCAACAAAAAAAUUUUGCAAUAGUAGACAGAUUCAGUCGAAUAUGGACUUGGCCUUUGCCUGAUCAUGUGACCCAACAACUCAGUACAAAUGUUAACAUUGAUAUUGCUGACAAAUAUCAGAGCAUAAAAUUGUCACUUCCAAAUUUAAAGAUUGAUUCAAAUGUUUACAAUUUGGUCAAAGUUCAAGGUGUGAUAUACAGUGUGGACCAAGAUAAAGCAGUUAUUUGGCAAACCUGCCCAAAAUGUGAUAAAGAAGAAUUGGCUCUCAAGAAAAAUAAUGAAGAAAGCUGGCUCUUUUGUUUUGUUUGCAACUGCCAAGUGGAUGAUACUGUAACACACAUAACAAUGGAAGUAAUAAUUCGGUGUCUGGCUUUACCUGGAAACUAUCAAGUAACAGUCAAUCUCCAACAAAAAACAAUUGAAGGUUUAUUACCAGGAAAUAAUUCUGAUGAUGGUUAUGAUGUCUCUACAGUCCUUGGUCAGCAACUUGGUCCUCUGACAUGUCUUCUGAAAAAGCACAAUAAUUUACCGAGAAAGCAAAUUUCAGAAUUUUAUCUGGAAGAGAUUCAGCUCAUCUAAGAACAAUUAAAAUAAAAAAUUAUCAACAUUCAACAGUUACAUACAACAUUUUGUAUUUAUCAUUCAUAAUUAGACAUGUAUCAUUGAAUUGCUUCAAUAAUUUGACAUUUAAAUACUAUGUAUUUUUAAACUAAACAAUUGACAAAUAUAUCACUUUGCAAUGUUUUAAAUUUGUUGUUUAAUAUUACAAACAUUAUGCUCACAUCAUUUUCACCAUGUUUUUCAUUCAUAUUCAAGAAAAAUUAAUUUUCCUUGGGAUCAUCCCUCAUUCUUGUGGCAUUAUCAUUCACAUUAGGUCACAAGAGAAAAUAUAUUUUUUUACAUCUUAUUUUUAUUUCAUUUUGCAUUUUACUUUGAGAUAAGUAAUAAAAUGAAUUUAUUUGCUUUUAAAUAAACAAUAUAAAAUAUUAGCAAAAUUUUUAAACACUAAUUUUCCAAAAUAUGUGCUAUAAAUAUACAAUAAACAAUACAAUAACAAGAAAUUGAUUAAUAUUAGUUUUGAUUGCAAAAGGGUUGGUUGGAGGCCCAACCCUUCAAGUUCUUUUACAGGGCAUAGAAAAACUGAAGGACUCCUGCAAUAAAUGUGAAAAUCAGAGAGAGGAAUAUAUUGAAUAAAA